CCUACCUGCACGACGACCAGUUCACCUGCAUGGGUUGCCACCGGCACUGUUACUCUUGUGAGGGGCCGGGCAACGAUCAAUGCCAGACCUGUGCCGUCCCCAAAUACCUUCAUAAUGGCACCUGUUUGACUGAGUGCCCAGCUGGUACAUACAACACAAGGCAGGAGGCUGACGGAACAGAGCUGGGAUUCUGUUUGCCCUGUGACCAUGUCUGUUCCACUUGUACCGGAGCAUCGCCAAGAGAUUGCCUCACUUGUUCUCCAGGAUACCUGCGCCUCCUUCAACUCUGUGUCACGCAUUGUCCCACAGGGUAUUACAGAGAGGGCCCCUACUGUGAGAAAUGUGACCAGUCCUGUGAGCUGUGUACAGGAGCAGGGCCUGAGUCCUGCAGGAACUGUCCACCUCCUCUCCUGGAGCUGCAAGGCACUAAGCUGUGUGUUGAGCGAUGCCCAGACCGCUUCUACCAGUUCAGUGACGUCUGCAAACAGUGCCACACCAGUUGUCAGACUGCACAGGUGAUUAAGGAGCUCUUGUGUAAUGAAUGCAUGUUUGCAGAUGCCUCGCCUCAGGCCUGUAUGACGUGCGACUGGGGCAGCACUCUAAAGGACAAAGUCUGCUAUCCGCGUUGUGAGGAGGGCCGAUACUUCUCAGAAGAGGACACCUGUGAGCCAUGUGACACCUCGUGUAGGCAUUGCACUGGACCCAGACCCGACCAGUGUCUAACUUGUCACCGGGAUUCUGCUCUUCAUGCUGUGGAGAACCGCUGCGCCCGCUGCUGUCAAGCUGAAGGGAAUGACACUGAUUGCUGUGUUUGUGACAGCCGCUCAGCAUUGUGUGUGGAGGCCCCCCAACCCAAGUCAGGAGACGGUCAGGUAACAGACCUGAAUAUGUCGUCUACAGUUCUGAAGCACACCUCAGCCGCUUUGCCUAUUGCCCUGCUGCUAGCACUGGGGUUGGCUCUGGCUGUGUUUGCCUUGGUCAAGGCCCGUGCCAGGAAGAGGCUUUGCUGGAGCCAGAGCUAUGAGAAACUCAGUGGCAGCGCCAGCAUGAACAUGCCCCACGGUGUGCCCGAGCCGGACAGUGGAGACGAGGUGGAUGUGGUUACACCAGUAAAGGAGGAUCAGUAUAUCGGCGCUACUAGCUUUGUCCAUGAGCAGGUCGCAGAUGUAGACCAGGAUGUGGAUGAGAGCACUUGUCUCAAUCACUCUUAG